UAGACAUUCCGUAAUGUUUUGCCAUUGAACAUUGUGCUGCAGCACUGCUAGCCCGAGUAAAAACUACAUUAGAUGCAGUAGACUAGCUGGCUAGUAUUGUUGAGAGGCAAUAUGGGUGAAGUUACGUUACAAGUUAACUGGUAUCAUACUCUUCCCCAGGUCGCGAGUCCAUAAGCAUGUCCACAGAUGACAGUAUCUCUGAGGAUGUUUCAAGCCUGAGCCACUGCCUUGGCGAUGCCAACGGGGAAGGGGGCAAGGAGAGUGAGUCCUCAGAGGGCACCUCAGCAGCCUCGGGUCUGGGGCUUGGGUUGGGGCUAGCCGGGCCGGAGGAAUGCAAAAUCACCUCCAAGACUGUAGGGGGCGCUGUGGAUGGGAGAGCUUAUGACAUGACCCCAGCAUGCAGCCUCCCCCAGAAGAUCAGGAGUCUGUGUCUCAGUACGGAGGAGGCCUUUGUGUCUGGGAAGUGUCUUCCCUUCAUCAACCCCUCCUCCCUGGAGACCCUCAGGGCCCUGGUCCAGGAGAUACAGAGUAGUGGGGAGACUGACCCGGAGAUGUGGAAGGACUGUGAGGGCCGAUGGCUGCAUCUGUUUCAGCUAGUAGAGAAACAAUACCAAGAGCAGAUCUUGGCUCAGCAAGAACAGUACCAGUGCCAAAUACAGCUGAUUCAGGAUGAGAUCAAAGCCUUAGUUCAGCUCCAGAACCGACAGACCAGCACACAGACGCACCACGAUUACCCAUAUACCCCUACUGCUACCACCAACACACAGACACAUCACAAUUACCCAUCUACUCUGUCUACUGUCACACAGACACACCCAGACUACACCUCUUCCCCUGUUGUUACUACCAAGGACUACCCUUCACCCCCCACUUCCAACCCCAACCAACCCUCAACCUGCACGGACCUUCCCAAUGGGAACUCGCCCCUCUCUGCUCCCCUCACCUCCCUCUUUGUCCCCCAACCCAUUUUGAGCUCCACCUCCCCUCAACCCCCACCCCCCCGGCCAGAGCCGGUCACCCUAGGAGAGAAGUGUGCUGAUGGGGCAGGGACGGUGCUAUGCAGUGGGUACGGGACCCUGUCGGCCUGGGGCACAGGGCUAGAGGGGACAGUGACUCUGGGGGGAGCAGAGGAGACAGGCCAGGUCGAAGAGGAGCCUAGCUGGUCCCUUCACCUCCAGGACGACACAGACAUCACUCUGAUUGGCCAGGAGGGUCAACAGAGGAGCGCCUCGGCCAAUGAGGUGGCUCCUAGAGCCAAUCCUAGUCCACCACCUGAGCAGCAGAGAACCUCCAGCCAACCACUGACAUCCUGGGCUCAAAGACUGAGACGCAGCAAACCCAAGAAGAGCAGGCUAGGGCAGGCCCAACAUCCCCAGGCCUCCCCCUCACCCCUUCAGGCCCCGUACCUGGGCCAGAGCGACCCUCAGUCCUCUUCCCCCCAGGAGCAGCAGCCAAGCUCCAGGAAGAGCCCCAGAGACAGCCCCCUGGAUGACACUGACUUCCAGGACCAGCAUGGGUGGGCGGCUCCCUCCACCAACUCCUUCCCUCUGAGGAGGAGUGACAGCCUCAUGUCUGAGGUCUCAGGUCUGACAUACUGGCGUCUGGAUGAGAGUGAACUCUACUGCCCUCUACCUGACAGCUUUGACAGUGGAGCCGACCUCCUGCUGCAGGAGGCCUCUAUCAGUCUGACCUCUCCAGAGGAACAGAAGCUGUCUCUCAGAGAGAUCUACCACAACAAGCAGAGAACUGAGUCCAAACGCACCGACUGGGACCUCUCUCGCACAUGCAGCCCCACAUCACCACAGGUGUUAACUCUAGAUCCCACUGUUCACCUCCGUCAGUCAGACCGGACCUCCGGCUUCACCUCGCCCUCCCACUUCAGCAGCCCAUCGUACCCCACCCUGCCGCACCUCUACCCCCGCGUUGGCACCCCCUGUACCCCAGUUAGCCCAGCUAGCAUGGCCGAGGGCAGUGCCAACCCCGGGGACACAGACUGCCCCUCCAAUGCCUCUAGCCUCUCUGCCACCGCACCUACCCCAGCCAGGGUAGCCUCUGCUCAGAUAAAACUGGCCUCAUCAUCCCCCUCUACUUCCAAGCCCCUGGUGCUGCCCAGCAGCCAGCAGCGCAAAGCCUUGGCCACUCAGGCCAGCAAGGACGAGGGGAGCCACACACACACCAGAAACCUGAUGAAGCUGGCUGUGUCUGGGAAGCACACGCACUCCCACACACUCUCCCGGGGCAAACCUCGUAUGGAGAAAGCGGCAUCGCUGGAAGACCCUGUGGUCGUCUCUCUGCUGAGAGAGAAUCUGAGGGAGAAACACUGUCGUCAUGUAGCUGACCUGAAGGCUUACUAUGAGGCGGAGAUCAAACUCCUCAGAGACAAACUGGACCUGAGAGACCUGCCACACGACCUAGAGCAGAGCAACCGCACACUCAGACAGAGGUGUGCUCAGCUAGAGAGGGCUCUGUCUGAAGCCAGCAGCUGUAUCCAGGAGCUGGAGAACAAGAACUUCGUCCUGGAAAAGAAACUGGCUGACUGGCCGAUGCGCUACGACACAGCCUGCUCCACGGCAACGUCCCUGCAGCAGAGAUUGGACGGAAGCAGGCGGUCAGUCAGGGAGAAGGACGCCUCGGCUGGCCGCCUCAGGACCCGGGUCCGGCAGCUAGAGGAGGCCUUGGAGAACGCCUGCAGAGAAACUGAAGAGAAGGAGGCCAGGAGGGAGAGGGAGUACAAGAUGCUGCAGGACCUUCUGGGGGAGUAUGACUCUCUGAGGAAAGAGCACGAGGGCGUGAAGGACAACCUGGUGUCUUCAGAGAACCAUCUGUUUGAUGCCAACGAGCAGAUCUCUAGACUAAACAGGGUGAUCUGUAAGAUGGAGAGCCAGGUGAAUCAACUGGAUUAUGUGAACCAGGCCAGGAGUCGCCAGGCUGUCCACAACCACACACAGUCCUCUGGAGCUGGUCUGUACCACCAUCCGGACCUGCUGCUGUCCCCCAGCAAACACCCUCGGCAACCAGAAUCCACAUAUAGGAUAUCUCCUUGCCCUCAAACUGACCAAUCACAUAGCAUCAGGAAGUCUCCUCUUCCUCAAACUGACCAAUCGCAGAGUUACAGGAAGUCUCCUUGCCCUCAAACUGACCAAUCACAUAGCAUCAGGAAGUCUCCUCUUCCUCAAACUGACCAAUCGCAGAGUUACAGGAAGUCUCCUUGCCCUCAAACUGACCAAUUGGGCAGCUACAGGAAGUCUCCCUGUCCACAAACUGACCAAUCAGGCAACUCGGGCCACACUGGCAGCAGAAGGUGUUCGUCCCCUCCAGAGAUUGAGCAGCCCCAGAACCAGGGUGGGGGUGUGAGGGAAGCUCGGGGGCCUCUGACCCCACUGAUGAGGGCCCUGAUAGAGCUUGAGGAGACCAGGACCACUGAGGGCCGGGCCCCUUGUAAGACCAGCCACAGUACCACUGACUCACUUUCACUGGCCUACUGGUUGGGCAGCCGGAGGCCUACUGUUGGCCUUUUAGAGAGAAACCACAGAGAACCACAAACACAGGACCGUGACAGGGCUAUGGAGGAUGUGGCUGGCCCGGAGAAGGGAAUGUCCGGGACAGUCAGGGGUGUGCCUCUGCUGAGAGCCCAGAGAAGUCUGUCUCCAGAAGGCCACAGGUCCUCUUCUCUGCCCCCCCGCACCCAGAGGACCACCUUUCCCCCUACUACACCCACUAAGAGGGAGACCCUAAUGAUGCCUCUGUCAGCUAAGUCCAGCCCCAAACGCUGCCCUGCAGAGAACUACUCCACUGCCUUUGGCAACCCACCACCACGACAACAGCUACACAACAGGUUUGACGUGGCGUUAGACCAGAGACGCCACUCCUUCCACAACUCCAGCCCCAGGAAGAGACUGUUCCCAGAAGCCUCCCAGCGGUCGUCUGGUGGCUCAGUAGAGUCCUCAGGCAGUGUUGACCCCCAGGAGGGUGUCUUUGGGCUGGGCUGGCAGGAGCAAGGGACUGUGGGGUCAUGCUCAGACCUCCAGGACCCAGGGACAGACCUCCAGACCAGGCUCCACUCCCUGGCCGACGCUGAGAGGAUGUUAGACGAGCUCACUAUGGAGAAACAACAGAUUGAGUCAGCGUUGAGCCGGAUGCCUGGAUCUGGUGGGAGGGUGAGCCUGCAGACCAGGUUAGAUGAGGUGGCCUUAGAGAACCGUCUAGAGAGAGUAAACCGUGACCUGGGUUCCAUCCGCAUGACUCUGAAGAGGUUCCACGUUCUACGCUCCUCUGCCAACAUAUAGCAAUGUUUUUAUUAGAUGACGUCAUAGAUAGGGCCUAGAGUUUUUCUGGUCAGUUUGCAUGGUCAGGAAAUACUCCUGGUCCAAGCUAUAGAUGACUAGAUAUCAACUCUCCUAGUUAUAGAACUAGUUAUAGUUUUCUGUGCUGUAGAUUGAUACAGAGCCCAUAUUGUUCUCUCUUGUCUCUGUAUCAUGACCUACAGUCUUUUCUACAUAUAACUCGGGGAUAUUUUUCUAUAUGUUUGGAAGAGCUCACUAUUUGUGGAGUAUAUUUUUUUGAAAUGCUCAGAUUUGUAAAGUCGUUUUACUUUUUUUUUUUUUGAUGUUUAAAAAAGACAUAUUAUAUGCUUUGCUUGCCAUAUUCAGGUCAAUUAUGUCGAUUUUUCAAUAUGAAUGAAAGAACCUCCUAAUAUCCAGCAGAGACAUGUACCCAUCUGGAAUGUGCCACUGCCACCUCUGUCUACAUAUUUAUGCAUUGUUUUAAAAUGUUUUAUUCAUCGCACACCGCAUACUAUUGUAUUUAUUACAUUGCAUUUUUAUGUGUUCAUUACAAUGGUGCAUUUAAAAAGAAAUUAUAAAAAGAAUCUUUAUAGCCUACAAUGUUCAAUUCUACAAGUUUUGUAUUACCAAGCUAGUAUUAUAUUCUUCAGUUUCACCAUUACUUGAUCUUUUACAAAAACCUUGUACUGUAGCACAUUUUUAAUUACUUUCCUUUUUCCAUUUUUAUAUAUUUUUAUCUCCUUUGAACAUUCCAUUUGUUUUGUGUUAAUUCCAUGUUGUGAAGGGAGGGAUUUCACCAGUACCUAACCACCCUCUUCUCUCUAUACUCUGGAUCUCACGCAAAAACCAAACCAGCACACAUUUGAAAUAAUAAACACACACAAGUACACUGCUCCACAAAUUAUUGUAAUGCAUGUUAGUUGCACUUUUUCAGUUUCUUUGGUCAAGUUGUGUUUUAUUAAAAAAUGUUGCAGUUUGCAAUGACUUGAAAUGAACCUCACUGGAACAAAAAAUGCACUGUUUGCUCACAAUAAAUAAUGCUUACAUUA